CGGCGGCGGCGGCGGCGUUUUCCCUGCCAUGUCUGGUAUUUAAUGUGGGCUCUAGCCUGCCUUGUGCCACACUCAUCGGGGUUACACAGCACCCCCGUGUGUCUGUGGCGUUCCAGGCCCAAGAAGGCGGCGGAAGUGACUUCCAGCUGGACUGCUAUGCAGAGGACGGAAAAUUGGACAGAGAAUUCAGGGACUGACAAGAACCAAACUUGAGACUCCAUCAGAAAUUGGCUCCAGAUUGAUCUGUCACAGCCAGGACCCUGACUCAGAAGCAUGGGACUCCAGGAUUUGAGAUCUCUGCAGCUGCUGUGCCUCUUAGAGGCCAUCUCUUUAUUGCCUUGGACUGAAGCUCUUUUGUGCUAUGAGGCGACAGCUUCAGCCUUCAGAGCUGUGACCCUGCAUAACUGGAACUGGCUUCUGUUGAGGAGCAUGGUGUGUAAGCUGAAAGAAGGCUGCGAGGAGACGAUAGUGUAUAUUGAGACAGGGACCAGUAGGGGAAUUGUGAGUUUUAAAGGCUGCACCUCAGCCUUAUCUUACCCCCCACAAAUCUCCUACCUCGUCUCUCCACCCGGAGUGUCCGUUGCCUCCUACAGCCGUGUCUGCAGGUCCUAUCUCUGCAACAAUAUAACCAACUUGGAGCCUUUUGUGAGACUCAAGGCUGGCGAACCUAAGCACACAGCAUCUUCUGCCAAACAUUGUCCAACCUGUGUGGGAAGGCACGACCAGGAAUGUCUUCCAAAUUUUGUCACCACUGAAGCCUGUCCCUUCGCUGCUUCUUCAUGUUACAGUUCCACCUUACAAUUUCAGGCAGGGAAUCUCAAUACUACCUUCCUCAUAAUGGGCUGUGCUCAUAAUUCAGACAAGCUUUUAGCAAAUUUUCAGCAUAUUGGGAGCAUCAGAGUGACUGAGGUCGUCAACAUCUUAGAAAAGUCCGAGGCUGCUGGUGCAGGGCACUGUAGUCAAGGUCCUCCUUGGAGCAUCCUCUUAGGCCCUCUGCUUAUCUUCAGAGACUGACCACCCAGCGAGACUGGAAAAAUAUCAGAUCCCCUUGCAUAAUCAAAUAAAAUCUCAGAAUUAUCCUUG